AUGACUUGGACUCCUUCACUUGCUAUUCUGUUUUUACUUUUGGUUGCUUGUUCGAUCGAAGCUGGAUCAAAACAACGCCGUGAAGUAUUAGUACAUGAUGGUCAAUGUCCAUCUAAUCAUUUUCCCAUUCAUAUUCAUUGUCGUCGUCGUGUUUGUCGUCCACAAGAUUUAAUUCCAUUGUGCAAAAGCGAUGGUGACUGUUCAACAACACAAAAAUGUUGUCGUCCCAUGUGUUCGUGCAGAUAUCAAUGUGUUCAAGCUAUUCUUGAAUAG